GGCAGCGGGGAAGGACACGCAGGGACAUGGAUGCGCGCCGCCGAUAGGAGGACGCGCAGCGCGGUGGAAUUUACCAACAUCCCCGUGGUUACGAGUCAGGACGGGAUUUGGGAUUUUUUUUGGGGAGGAUUCUUGUCUGGAAAUGCUGCACUGCGUGUGAGGUGCGAUGAGGAGCGAAGCGGAGCAGCGCUGCGCCAUGAAGAAGAUAUGCGCCAUCAAGAAGCUCUUCAAAGUUCGGAAGAGGCGAGAGCUGCUGUGCGUGCAGGCGGGGAUGCUGUGCAGCAUGCUGCUGGGGGUCUGGGUCAUGUCCGAGCUGCUCACCCAGACAGGUCAUGGCAUGAUCGUGGACGAUGGGAUGGACGUUUCCAGCCACUGGGGGAGGAAGCUGAUGGCCUGGGAACCUGAGAACGUGACGCUGGAGAAGAACUGUACUGAGCCGGCUAUCCACGAGUUUCCUAAUGAUUACUUCACCAACGCUGAGAGGAAGAGUGGAGCUGUACUGCUACACAUCCUAGCGGCUCUCUAUAUGUUCCUGGCGCUGGCCAUCGUGUGCGACGACUACUUCGUCACGUCUCUGGAGAAGAUCUGUGAGAAGUUGGAUCUGAAUGAAGAUGUAGCUGGAGCCACGUUCAUGGCGGCAGGAAGCUCAGCACCUGAACUCUUCGCAUCCAUCAUCGGCGUGUUCAUUACUCACGGUGACGUGGGAGUCGGGACCAUCGUCGGCUCGGCAGUUUUCAACAUCCUCUGCAUCAUUGGAGUGUGUGGGAUUUUCGCUGGACAGGUGGUGCUGUUGACGUGGUGGGCUGUAUUUCGGGACUCGCUGUACUACAUCCUGUCUGUACUGGCGCUCAUCGCAUUUAUCUACGAUGAGAAGAUCGUGUGGUGGGAGAGUCUGGUGCUGGUGGUCAUGUACAUGGGAUACAUCCUCAUCAUGAAGUUUAACUCCAGCAUGCAGGCGUUCUUCACCGGGAAGGGCUCGAAGAACGUCGCUAACGGGAACGCGGCGAGUGGGAACGAGUUGGAAGAGGGUAAUGAUUCUGUUGGCUCUGACUCCACUGACCCUACAUUGCCUUUACUGGGUGCAGUGAAGCCCAGUAAGCCGUACACCCGAGGUUCAGUGGUGAUGGUGGACGAGAUCAUCAAUGCCAGUCCUCCCAACUACCGCUUUCCUGAAGCUGGACUCCGUGUGAUGGUCACUAAUCACUUCGGACCCAAAACCCGUCUGCGCAUGGCCAGUCGUCUCAUCAUCACCGAGAGGCAGAAGUUGGUGCAGGGAGCUAAUGGGGUUGAGACCGCAGUGGUGGAUGGAAAGAACGACAUAGAGAAUGGGAACGUACCAGAGGACAAACCCAGCGAGGAAGAAGAUAGAGAGCUGACCUCACCAUUCACUAUACCACGGGGCUGCAUGAACAAGACUAAAUGGUUGAUCUCGUGGCCUCUGCUGCUCCUGCUCUUCUUCACCAUCCCCAACUGUGCCAGGCCCCGGUGUGAGAAGUACUUCAUGCUGUCCUUCAUUCUCUCCACCGUGUGGAUCGCCAUCUUCUCCUACUUCAUGGUGUGGAUGGUGACCAUCAUUGGCUACACGCUGGGCAUUCCUGAUGUCAUAAUGGGCAUCACGUUCCUGGCGGCGGGUACCAGCGUCCCGGACUGCAUCGCCAGUCUGAUUGUUGCUCGCCAAGGUCUCGGGGACAUGGCCGUGUCUAACAGCAUCGGCAGUAACGUGUUCGACAUCCUGGUGGGACUCGGACUGCCGUGGGCUCUGCAGACGAUAGCCAUCGAUUACGGCUCAGUGGUGAUGAUAAACAGUCGAGGGUUGUUGUAUUCUGUCGUGCUGCUGCUCGGCUCUGUCGCUCUUACAAUCCUGGGCAUCCACGUCAACAAGUGGAGUCUGGACUUCAGGCUGGGCGUGUACGUGCUGAUCCUGUACGCAAUCUUCCUCUGCUUCUCCGUCAUGAUCGAGUACAACGUGUUCACCUUCGUCAACCUGCCCAUGUGUCGGGAGGACCAUUAGAACAGAAUCGCCCGAACGCUCCAUCGUGUCUCCUGAACCUCCUGCUGCUGUCCGUCCGAGUGCGACCCACUCGGAACGCCAGUCUUCCACUGUAGUGUUGAACCACCAUUAUUACCUCAGAGUGGACCGGGGUGGAUGGCGUCGCCCCAGUCUUGCAGUAAAUCAUCUCUGGAAUCCCAACCACCAUCCACACUGGCACACCAACAAGCUCAGAACUCCUAGAUCUUCUCAGACCUUCAUCCAUCCAGGAGGAGGACCUUCUUGUCCUUUUUUUGGCAGCUUAAAAAAGAAAGAAAAGAAAAGAAAAUACACCGUCCGUUUUCCACACAUGAACUCUGCAUCAGAGGUUUUCUACAGGGCUGUCACUGUUUAAUAAUUAAAUAAUAAUAAUAAUUAA